AUGUGCCGUUAUUUCAAUGCCGACGACGACCUCAACCCUAUUGCCGUCAAACUGUUGGCCCAAAAAGUGGCAAAAAUGCACUCAAAAUACAUUCCGAUUGCCAGAAACGGCACACAAAAGACAUUGAAAAUAGUUUUCGAGGACUGGUUUGAUAGCCACCGGAUUGAGUCCUACAGACAGGGAAUCAUACGUAAAGAGAUAGAGAAACAAAAAUGUGAAACACUUAUGGAAAUGGAUUUCGUGGCUGAGAUGGCGUGGGUUAGGAAAGCCGUCGUCCACCUCAAGAGUCCGGAAGUGUUUUCCCACAACGACCUCAACCGCCGCAAUAUAAUCGUCCGCAUUGGAGAUAAUGACCACAAUUUGGAUGUCUUUAUCAUUGACUUUGAUUGGAGUGGAUAUAUGUAUAGGGGUUUAGAUAUCGGCGACUAUUUCAUCAAUUGGUGUCAAACGGGAACGGAUUUUGGUGCCAAUAAUUUCCCGACUGAUCCACAAAUGUAUGCCUUUAUCGACGCCUAUAUCGCG